CAUGAUUGUGACGCCAUCUAGAUUGACGUUGUCAUAGCUACUCUUGGAUAAGAUGGCCAACAUGGUUUUGGUAGAGGAAAAACACAUGUGUACAAUAGUUGAUGUUUGGUACUAUACACAAAGAUUUUUGAAAUAAAACAUGGGAAUUAAAAAUCUUUCCAGUUACAUUCAACGACGAAAUGUUGCCAAAAAAUACCGUCUUCGCGAUACCAAAUUAGUCAUAGAUGGGAAAAAUCUUUGUCACGAAUUGAUGGAAACAUCAUACACAGGAACUAAAUAUGGCGGGAAUUAUGAUGUAUUCUCCGAGCAUGUGGAAAAGUUUUUUGAUUUAUUACGAAAUUGCAACGUUAAACCAUAUGUCGUCAUGGAUGGUGCUCACGAUUCCGAUGAUAAAAAGUUCGAGUGUCUCUUAGAAAGAUGCGAGAAAAGGAUAUCUAAGAUAUCAGAUGGUAGUAAGAAAUGUUUCCCAAUCUUGUCCCACAGAUGUUUUACUUACACUAUUAUAAAACUUGGCAUACCAAUCGAGACAUGUUACUACGAAGCCGAUCAUGAAAUAGCCAGUCUUGCUAAAUCCUGGAUCUGUCCAGUUCUGUCAAACGACAAUGAUUUUUACAUAUAUGAUCUUCCAGGAGGAUUUAUUCGCCUGAAUGAUCUAAAUUUUAACAGGCGUACCAAAACUGAGUGCUUUACCUAUAUUGAUACUUCAAUAUACUAUUCAGAGAAUAUUCAUGAAUCGCUCGGAAUUUCACCAUCUGUUUUACCUCUUCUAGUAGUCUUUCUAGACAAUGACUAUUAUAAGUUAGAUAAGACAAUUAUUAAGCAGUUCGUGUCAAAAGAACUGAAGAUUUCAGCCAAAAAAGCUGAACACAAGCUUAAGAAGUCAAUCGAUGUUAUGAUAGAAAUAUUACGACCCUUCGCCGAUACAAGUGAGGGUAUCGAUGCUUUAUCGAGAUGUCUUGACAAUCAUAUCGCAUUCUUGUCGAACGAAGAAAAAGGCCAAAUUAUCGAUAAAGCAAAAGUGAUCUUAAAACAGUUUAGUUUGCAAAAUGUAACCGAAACAGAAAACAAUCUCUUUAAUUCGGAAGCAAGGAAUGAAAUAACACCUGCAAUUCCGUUUCCUUCUUGGCUUAUUCAAAGUAUAAGGAAUUGUGACAUAUCGCCUUUCAUUAUAAAUGUUCUUGACAAAAGAGUUUUACUAAAACCAAAUCUUGAAGACUUAACACAAGAAUUCAUUUACGAAAUUACAUCGGCGAUUCGUCAAAUUAUAUACAAGAUGGCGACUGGCAAAACAUUACAGGAGGUGAUAGUCGAACACCACAGAGAAAACUGUCACAUGGUACAAACACGGAUUUUACCUAUAACCAGCAAUUUGAAAUUAGGCAAAAUACCCACCUUGAAUAUGAUGCAAGGUACCGAGGAAGAAGUGAAGCUUAACUGCUUAUCAAAUAUUUUCCAGUUUCCAUUAGAAAAGCUUGUAAUGAUUCCGAAAGUGUCUCGAAUGUUUAUACUUGCCUUAAACUACCUCGCUAAAAAUUCUGGAUUGAAGCAAUCAACCAAAGGCAUGAAAUGUCUUUUGUUUUGUCACUUGCUUCUGCUGAGCAAAGAAUAUGGACAUAUCUACGAUCUCCCUGUAGACUCUGUAUGUGUAGAAAAGGUGUUUGAGUACUGUGCAGACGACCACGGAGUGCCAUUUGAUAUUGCACUGUUACAUGAAUUUCAGAAACUCCAGAUUGUGAUAGACAUAUUAUACGAUCUAAAUGGUCUAUUUAUGUUUCCUUUGGAAAUCCCGAACCCAAACGUCAUGUACAAAAGUGGACUAAUGUAUCCACUGUUCACAAAAACGGACAAUGAGAAUCAUCUCGAUAGAAUAAUAGAGACAUGUUUUGAAAAGGAUUCUCCGUUGAGGGUAACAUUUUUAGAAAUUUUAAAGUUACUUUUAGAAAACCUUAAAUAAAUUCAUAAUGACCCAAUAUAGAUGGGAAAUAUUAAAAACGAUCUCAAAAUUUAUGCACCAAUUGCAGAUUUCGAAAUACCUAAAAAGUUUUAUAAAUGACAUCAUCUGUGAACGUACAUGUAUACUUGAAUCGUCUUAUAUUUUCACCUUAGAUGUAGUUUCCUGGAAUCAAUUGUUUUAAGAAUUGUCUAGUAUAGUUUCGUACAUAUAAUGCAACAAUUAUACAAAUCA